AUGGGUUGCUGCGAAUACAAUCCCGCUUUAAAAACUUGUGCCAUUUUGGUGAUCACCGUCGACACCACGAUCCCAGUCGUGAUCGGCUCCGGGCUGGGCUCGAGUAUGGUAAACUCUUUUGUCUCGAUGGCGUAUUCGGGGGAUAAAGAACAGUUUCGGCUGGUCCGCCUGCGCCUGUCUUUGCCUGCUCUUCUAUCCGGUGAUAUGGCGAUAGGAGUGAUCGUCGUUGUCGGUUCUGUGAUAGCGCUGAUUUGCUGCCUUUGCGGGAUUGUACACUUGAUCACGCCCUUUAAAUGGCUGACCGGAUAUAUUAUUAUGUUUAUUGGGAUGGUAGUAACACUUUUGCUACAAUCCAACUCGAUUUUCUCGUCCUCUCUAACGCCACUGGUGGGAAUUGGCGUUAUUUCAUUGAAAAAGGUCUACCCACUAAGCCCUCGACUCAAACCUCGGAUGGUUCACCUUUGCUUGGGGAUUUAUCGCAGCAAUGUCGGCAGA